GUUUCCUCGUCUGUCAGCUCUGUCAAGGUGCAACAGUUCAGCAGCACCCCAUUGUUUUCCUUUGAAAUACGUGGAUUUUAUCCAUGAGAAAUGGUGUUCCCAUCGUGGUCACCUGACCUCUAACUGAGGACAACGUUUUACACGGUCUUUCUGCUUCAUAGUAAGCCUUUGCAGCUAUGGAGCCCCUGGCUGUGGAUGAUGACAUCUGCAUCCUUAAACAUGAGACAGCCUACACUGCUACUGGAGAGAGUCCUGUGUCAGUGUGUGCUGGCGAUGAAUCUGUAGCUUCUCACUUUGCCCUCGUCACAGCCUAUGAGGACAUCAAGAAGCGUCUGAGAGAGACCGAGCGGGAGAACACCUUGCUAAGGAAACGAGUCAAGCAGCUGGAGGAUAAGCUAUUCCGGCCUGAGGCACCUCCAUCAGAGGGUCCCCAAUAUGUGAACAAGGCCUUCAGUGCAUAUCGAGGUAUCUACAUUGAGAAGGAGGACCUGCAGAUGGAGCUUAACAAACUGAAAAAAGAGAAGAAUGAGAGUGAGCGGCUUCUGACAGAGCAGCUCCAAAGCAAAGAGCUUGAGCUGCUUCAGCUGAGGACAGAGAUGGAGACCAGCCAAGUGAUGAAGAGCCUCAACAGCCCUCAAAACUGCUGGCAGGUGGAUUGUAUCAGUGCCGAGCGAAAGAUCCACAAACUUCAGGAGGAACUGGAGAAGUUGACACUGGAAAACAACAGAUAUCUGGAGAGGAGUGGGGAGGAACUCUGCGGCCUCAAUGGACCAAAGGUGGAACAGAUAUGUGAUGAGAAGUUCAUUGCCAGAGAGAGAGGCAUGCAGCAGGCAUAUGAGGCUUUGUGCUCUGAGAUCACCCGUCUCUAUUCAGGGCUGAGACACCAAACAGGCCUGAUUCGGAAGCUGAGACCAUUGAUCAGUGAGACAAGACAAGUUCCAAUUCAAUGUCUGGAAGACGUGGAGAUCAACCACCAUCCAGUUCUUCGGGCUCCAGUACCUCGACCCCCUAGUGCCCCACCACUGCCCUCUUGUUCUGGGCGCCCUUGUCCCCCUAUUGGCGGUCCUACCAGCACUCUGCUACCAGACAGUUUGAGGGAAGACUGCUGGUACAAUGGUCCAUGGCCAACACAGCAGUGCUCCGGAGAAGCUUUGGUCGGGAAUGAGACCUCGUCUGUUGUUUUGCCCCCGCCUCCACUUAACCAAGCCUCCAUAGAUGACAGCUCAAGAUCCUUCCCCAGUCCGCCUAAACCCAGUGAUGCCCUGUUCUGGGAGGGACACUUGGCUGCCUCUAAUUCAUCAUCCUCAAUUGAGAACUGUAGUCCUCUGAGCCCUCCUAAUACAGAGUGGGUCAAGCCCUUUUGAGGGGAACCUCGAUACAGAGUGACUAUAGCUUUCCAAGCCUGCCACAUUGCUACCACCUAACCUGCCUUAAAUUGGCAAGACCACUCCUUUCUGAGCUGGACUGCUAGAUGUGGAUUUACAUGAAGGCCAGAAGAGGCCUUUUGUGAUGAAUUUUAUUCAACAUCUCUAGGCUCCACACUGAUGACCACAUCCCACCAUACAGAGACAGUGAUUAUGAGGGACCAUUAAAGGACUCAGUUCUUCCAUGGUACAUGUGUCCCUUCAUGUGCAGCAUUUUAUUUGUGUGCCUGUGUCUGCAGAGCAUUGUGUGGUCAUGUCUGGACCAUGUAUGCUUGCAUCACAUCAUUAUAAAUCAUCUUUCACGGGGACCACAAGCACUUGCAUAGGACUAGUAUCUGAUUCACAUUGUUCCCUUCAUGUAAGUAUGUAUACAUUUAAUCUCCAUAAAGUACAAACUAUACAGUCGUUUGCCUCACGAUUGUAUGGAGGCUUUUAGGAAUGAGGCCUUGAUGUUUGAUAUGUAUUUGUGCCGUGACGGAGAGACGUAGUCCAAAACUAACACAGCAAAGGAUACCGAACAUAUCUACUUCAGUAUAUGCAUACGGUGCAUUUCUCAAGUUGUUUUUGCGAAACUUAAUAUUCACUUGUCACGUCGUCACUUUGCGUGUGUUUGCUAGAGGCCUUGUUUACACUGCCAGCCCCAAAUCUGAUUUUGUUAUAUCCAGAAUCAAACUGGAUGUCUUCUGUCUGAACACAGGUCUUUCAAAUCGGAUAUCAGAGCAGCACAACAACACAGAUGUCAUGAAGAUAGACAGUACUGCUCAAAUCUCUGCUAUUUGUAGGAGUCAAAAUACCCCCACACCAAACAGGCGCAGUGGCAUAGAAGUUCAGCACUGCAACUUGACAUCAAAAGUAUGCAUAUGGAUAGAUGUAUUUCUUUACACUGCUCAUACUUGUGUGUAUGUACUGUGAGUCACAAGCAUACAUCCUUACCACAGCAACCCAUGCAGACAGGUCAGAACAGAGCGCUGAUGCGUGAACCCCAUCUGAUCACUUGCAAAUGACCCUAAGCUUUGAUAUCUGAUUGGAUCAAAAAUGUACAUUUACCUGCUGCAUGAACAAGGCCUAAAAUAUUAUAAUUUCUAAAGUUACAAAACUCGUCGAGACUAAAAAUGGAUUCCAUCUUCACCUUCACCAAUGAGUCAAAAGUUGAUAAACAAAAUUUGCGUCUAAAAAUGGUCUCCUUAAGAUGCCUUUUGUUUACAUAUUUGUGACAGUACUACUGAGUUUUUUUAUGAAUAUCUGACAUACAUGCUGUAUUUUGAAAGCUAAUAAAAGUAUAGUUUGGGGAGCUUGUCAAUCAGUGUAAUUAAACCCUCUACUGCGCUAUUGUGUGUUUUACAUUAUGAGGGAUGUUUGUCCUUACCAUUUUUAAGUGUCAGAUGAACAUCAACUGAAGGAACAAUGUACUUAGUUGUGUAAGUGAAAUGUAUAUGAUGGGCUUAAGCACUCUGCCAAAUGCAGUUUUGCACUCUGAACUAUGAAUUAUGUUUAUCUUUCCUUGUUUUUAAUGUCUGCUUUAAAAGGAGAGACAAUAUUAACCUGACGAAAUGUGAGCUGGGUGCUGAAAAAAGGUGCACAAAAGGACUGUGGUUGUUGGCGGGGUAAAACACAUUUUUGUCUUUCAUAACAUCUAUGGUCUUUUUUUUUUUCUUCAUUUUAUUUUACAGCAGCGGUUUCCUACUUCUGUAAACGAUUUGCAAACCAAAAUGCAAUGUACAGUAGAUACCUAUUUUAGAUUUACUGCACUUGUAAAUAUGAGAACUAAAGAAAUGAAAUGA